UUUGGAUUUUCUUAGCUUCAUGGAGCUCCAUUCUGUUGUUCCAUUCGAUAUUUCAGUUGCGCGCACCAAUUGUUUGAUAAAAAUCCUAAGUUUAUGGGAAUCCUGUUUAGUGGGAACUUUGAAUUGCUCGUAGGGUAGGGUUCCCUUUCCCAUUUCGCUCCCCACGUUAUGUCGUUUUAGGAUGACGUGGCGAGCUUUUCGUCUCCUUUGGGAUUUAGUUGUGGAAGUUGAGAUAUAUUGUGGCCCAUGCGAAAUGGUUUAUAAGGUCGUUAUGAUACUAUGUUUGAUCAGUGGUUUGGUGGGUAAUUGCUUAUUCUGGAUUCAUUUAUUUGUCAGGCAAUGUUAUGGGAAGAGUUAUAAUGGAUGGACUUAGAUUGUAGUACUCAUAGUGAACUCCGUAAGAGUAUCUAGUUGCGUGAUGAAGUGCUUCUCGAUGAAUAAGUAGUGCCAUCACGAUUGACUGAUGAUUUGUGAUCGAGUUGUAGCAUGAUUAAUUGUUCAUUAUUUGCAUCCAAAUUGGGUUUCUUAAAAUAUAUGGAUGGGUAUUGAAGAUUGUACUCUAUGGCAUCUUCAGAAGCACAGAUCCUGUGGAGGUCCUGGCUUACAUCCACUGCACUUGGAACAUUAAUGGGAGGAUGCUUUGACUGUGUGGAUCAACAUCUCGUUGACAGGCUGAUACUUAAUUCGGUUGCCAUGGAUAGAGAAAACUCUUCUCCGACUAGAUCCAAAUGGAGAAAAGUGGCGUAUGGAGGGAUGCAGCUUGGAUAUGACGACAAUUACACGGACGAGUCUUUCCUUGAAGAUAUGGUCACGAAUGCCAACGUUGUCAAACGGGAUUUGCUGAAGGUGAUGCGAGACUCGGUUUCGAUUUCUCAAUACCUAUGCAUUGUUGUUCUAGUCGGUGUCGUUUGGACCUACACCCUGAACUCUAGUCUCAGUGAAAAGUCUCUCCUGCUUAUCGAUGCGAGCCUUUUGAUGUCGGGGUUCAUGAUUCUCCUGCUCACAGAAAAGAUGCUCUCACUCAAUCAGCUCCUCCAUUAUUUAGCGAAUGUUGCCUUUUUCACAUCCGGGUUGUACGUCUUGGCUCCUAUCUACAGAACUCUAACAACGUCCAUAAGUUCGGACUCCAUCUGUGCAGUAACUGUUUCACUGCUGAUCAUCCAUCUAUUCUUACACGACUACUCGCGGUGCACGGUACAUGCUCCAGGAACCUGCAAAAAUCCUACCUUGACCAGUUGCAUAUCCCUAAAUGCCUCUAUUGUGGCUUCAGUUUUCAUUGCUUCUCGCCUUCCUUCAUCCGGAAAUGUUUUUGCUAUAAUGCUGUUCUCUCUCCUCAUUUUUCUUUUUGCCCCUUUAGUCACUGAUUGCAUAAAGAAACAGUCUUUUGGUUUACAUCUCCUGUUCUCGUUAGUGUUAAUGGUAGUUAGUUUGGCUUUUGUCUAUAAAUUGCAUCGGGUGCUUUUCUUCAUGUUUCUAGUUUUGCUGGUUUUUGUUUCCAUGGUAUGCCCUUAUUGGCUUAUAAGGAUACAGGAAUACAAGUUUGAGAUCAAUGGCCCUUGGGACGAGGCUAAGCUCUGUUUUGAUGUAACCGACUGAGGCAAAAAGUGAAGUUUCUUAUUCCUUUUUA